AUGGAAAUUAUUUGUUGUCUGAUAAAAACAAUCCGUCUAAUUCUUAUCAAAGAUGUUACAGGCAUGUAUCAACAACGCUGGCAGUUGGAAAUCGAAAGGCAGUUGGAGGAUCAAAAUGCUGGUACGCCAAUGGAUUUUGGUGUUGAGCAAUGGAGAGAAGACUGGGAAAAAACAGUCGCUCUUGCAACAACAGCAAGUUUUUACUCUCUUGAGGGGAUUCAUAUAUUUGCCUUAGCUAAUGUUCUUCGAAGACCCAUUCUUGUAAUAUGUGACAAUUUUCAUCGUGGUGACUGUGAUGAACCAAUUUCUGGUGUAAACCUUGGUGGCAUAUACUUACCAUUGUUAUCUGACUCCGUGGAUUGUAUCAAAACUCCUCUUUUGAUUCGCUACCACCAAGGAAAAUUUACAGAGCUUGUGUUGACAGAAAAUAAUGAAGGAGUAUCAUUAAUGAAACUUGAUGUUCUGCCUAUGAUACUCCGUUGUUUGUUACCAGAGGAAAGCAAUUACUCUGAUCGAUUACUACGGGAAUAUAUGAACUGGUAG